AUGCGUGAUGAUAUGAAGAUGGAGUCCUGGGCGAUGCGCGUCACCGUCCAGCGCCGCCUUGGGCUCCCCCUUGAUGUCGCCUGCCAGGCGGUGGAGGCAGGCAAGAGGGCACCCAGCGGCCAGCUACACGACGUCUUUGGCGACGCCGCGAUGGUUAACCCUCGGUCAAAGCAUGCUACAAGACACAAAUUUCUACUCAAACGUUUGAUCAAAUGCCUCCGCUCGGCGUGGGGCAUGAUCAUCGAGAUGGAGCCGACUGCACACCUCAGUUACAGUAAUCCAAAACAACCUGACGUGGCGGCGGCAAACAUCGGCAGGGGGCACAGGCGCCUUGUUGCCGAUCUGAAGCUUACGAGUUCGCUUGCGAGCCAGGGCAAGGACACGGCCGGCGACGGAGAGCUCGGCUGGAAGGGGGCCUAUGUGCGUUUUGGCAACACGGAGACCGGGCUGCUCAAGUUGGUCAAAGGGCGCGGCAAGUGGUCUCCGUCGGGAGCGACGGCAGCGGCGGAUUGCGAUCUACGUUUGUUUGAUUUUGAGGCUUUCGGAGGCUUUGGAAAGGAGGUUCGCAGCACCCUGAGGGAGGCGGCGAACCAGCUGAGCAACAAACUUUCGCACGCUCAGCACCUGGACGAGGUCACAUGGACCACCAAGAACUGGCACGGGCUGCAGAUGCAGCGCUUGUCUGUCGUCCUCCACACCGCCGUGGCGUGGCAGACGGUGAACGAGCUAGCGUGCGGGGAGAGCGGCAUUGUGCAUGGUGCGGAGUGCAUUGCCGUUCUUAACGGAGUCGCUUAG